GCUGGGACGGCGUGGCCCGGUUGGGAGGCUGGCUUCCUAGUAGUGGAUCUCAAGGUGCCUAAGUCCGCCGAGCCUCUCGGUUUCCGAGAAGCCUUCUUCGUGACGGCGAGGCGAUGCCGAGGAGCCGGCAGCCCAGGGUCCGUUCUGGGAACGAACCUUAUCCCGCGCCCGCCAUGGAGUCGGAGGUUGGCGGCGGGGCCUGGGCCCACAGCCGCGCCGCAUUCGCCCGCCUGGAGAAGCUGCUGCUCUGCUCGCGGUGUACUAAUGUUCUGAAGGACCCUGUGUGCCUAGGAGGCUGUGAGCACAUCUUUUGUAGUGACUGUGUAAGUGACUGCAUUGGAACAGGAUGUCCCGUGUGUCACACUCCAGCCUGGGUACUAGAUGUCAAGAUAAACAGACAGUUGGACAGCAUGAUCCACCUUUGUAGUAAGCUCCGAAAUCUGCUCCAUGACAAUGAGCUUUCAGAUGUGAAAGAAGGUACAUCUAGGACAAGAAUAUUUAGUGAUGCGGAAAACAAGAAAAAUUCAAUAAAAAUGUGGUUUAGCCCUCGAAGUAAGAAGGCUAGAUAUGUUGUGACUAAAGACUCAGUACCAACUAAGCCUCAAAAGACAACAGAUGAGAAAGCUCUGCCAGCUUCAGUGUAUGAAUUCAUUUCUGCAACUCCUCCCACAGUUGUUUCUAAGAGAACUAAAAAGGCAUCUACAACUUCUGCAAAAAAGCAAACACAUAGAACUUUAGCUGAAAUCAACCAAGAAUGGAACAAAGGGCUAGAACAAGAAGGUAUUGACCUUGUGUCCAAAGAUGAAUUCAAGGAAAGGAUAGUGUCCUUUUGUAGCCAGCCAUCUGUUUUAUUUAGUCCAGAGGAAAAUGGUGGAAUAGACUUACUUGAAAGUUGUUCCGUAGAAGAAUCUGAAUGUGGAAAUGUGACUGAAAUGUCUUUGCCAGUGGCUGAACAUAUAGUGUCUCCAGACAUUGAGAAUAAGAAGGAAGUGACUCCUGAGAAGGUCCAUAAAAAUGACCGUACUUCUAAGACAUCUUUGAGAGUAGGUUGUAAUGGGAAACAUAGAUCUAGUAACAAACCUUCUCAGCCUUUUCCUAAAAGGAGUAGAAACAGGGUUUCUAGCACUCUUAGAGGUUCUGUUAAACCAACAGUGUACUCAGAAAACAUACAAUUGCUUGAUUGUUCACCAUCUUCAAGCAAUCUUCCAGUGGAUGAAACACUCAGGAGAAACAGUAACGUGUCAGAUGAUUCCAUUAGCCUCUCACCACCAACACUGCCUUCUUCACUGAAUAGUUCAACAUACAGACGAAUGAUAUCCAGCCCCUCAACAACAAAGCCCUCACCCAGUAGCCUUGUGGUUGGGAAAAGAAAUCAUAGAGGAGAGACUUUGCUUCAUAUUGCUUCUAUAAAGGGUGAUGUACCUUCUGUUGAAUACCUCUUGCGAAAUGGAAAUGACCCAAACGUAAAAGACCAUGCUGGAUGGACACCACUGCACGAAGCCUGCAAUCAUGGGCAUCUGAAGGUCGUGGAAUUGCUGCUACAGCAUAAGGCCUUGGUGAACAGCACCGGCUACCACAACGACUCCCCACUUCAUGAUGCAGCCCGGAAUGGUCACCUGGACAUAGUCAAGCUCUUAUUGUCCCAUGGAGCUUCUAGGAAUGUUGUUAACAUAUUUGGUCUGCGGCCUGUGGAUUGUACAGACAAUGAAAAUAUGAAAUCAGUAUUGCUGCUACCAGAGGAGAAUGAAUCAUCUUCAACUUGUUAUCGCUCAGUAAUGAGUAGCUGGUCACGUAGGGAUGGACCUCUCGUGCUUAUUGGCAGUGGGCUUUCUUCAGAACAACAGAAAAUGCUCAGUGAGCUUGCAGUAAUUUUGAAGGCUAAAAAAUGUGCUGAAUUUGACAGUACAGUAACACAUGUCGUUGUUCCUGGUGAUGAGGCUCAAAGUACUCUGAAAUGUAUGCUUGGGAUUCUCAAUGGAUGCUGGCUUCUCAAGUUUAAGUGGGUAAAAGCAUGUUUACAAACAAAAGUAUUUGAAGAGGAAGAAAUGUAUGAAAUUCCUGAAGGUCCACGGAGGAGCAGAAUCAACAAAGAACUGCUGUUACCAAAGCUGUUUGAUGGAUGUUACUUCUAUUUUUGGGGAUCCUUCAUACAUCAUCCAAAAGACAACCUUACUAAGCUUGUCACUGCUGGAGGGGGCCAGAUCCUCAGUAGAAAACCCAAACCAGACAGUGAUGUGACUCAGACCAUCAAUACAGUCUCAUACCAUGCCAAACCCGAUUCUGACCAGCGCUUCUGUACACAGUACAUCAUCUAUGAAGAUUUGUCUGAUUACUGCCCAGAAAGGGUUCGGCAGGGCAAAGUCUGGAUGGCUCCUUCGAGUUGGCUUAUAAGCUGCGUGAUGUCCUUUGAGUUGCUUCCUCUUGACAGCUAGCUGAAAGUUACACCAGAUACAUUUCACACUGAACUUGCACAAUUUGUGACAACUCAGCCAUCACACUAUUCUUGAUCAUUCACACUUUAUAGAUAAGUAGAUUUAUUCACAUUGUUUUCUUUGAAUUAAAAAAAAAAUAGGAACAUUGUGGUAGCUAGAGGUCAAUUUCCUGAAAUAUUUCCCAUGCUUAGACAGUGCAAGGUCCUGGGUUCAAUCCCAG